AUGUUAACUGUUCAGUUGGUUGAUGUAAAUAAUCGUCACAAUCAACAACAAAAACAAAAACAACAACGUCAACAACAUCCAAAUUUUAAUAAUCACCAUAGUUACUGUAUUGGUCAUUAUCCGACUUGUUAUCACCAAUCAUAUCUUAUGCCACAAGAUCAUCAUACUUAUGAUAACAAUAAUCCAAUAACAAAAUUAACAGCUCUUACAUUCAGUACUUCAACAUGUCUUAAUAAUAAUUUUACUGAUAGUAAUAUUAUUAUUAAUCAUAGUAACAAGUCAACAUUUAUAAAUUCAAAAAAAAAUCACUCAAAAUAUUGUUGUUCCUCUUCUUCUUCUUCUGCAGUUAAUAUCAAUAUUUAUUCUAAUUCUAUGGUCAAACAUCAUUUGGACAAAGUUAAUGAAUUAAGACAAGAGGAAGUCAGGAGAAUAGAAAGACAACAUAAUCAAAGUGAUAAUAAAAAUGAUAAUAAUAAUAAUAAGUUACAACAAAUAAAAUCAAGUCAAGAUUAUGAAUAUGAUCCCAUUCAAACUGAUCAUGAUCCUAAUCAUUCUGAUCAAUAUCAAGAACAAAAUAUUUUAAAAACAGAAGAAUUAAUAAUUGAUGAAAAUUGUAUAGAGAAAGGUAUACUUACAAUGACAAAAUUAAUUAAAGAUAAUAAUAAUAAUCAUGAUACAAUUAUAGAUAAUGAUCAUUCUAUACUACUUAUUAAUGAAAAUAAUUCUAUUCAACAAAAGAAUUCAAUUGACAAUAUAAAACCUUUAAUAUUAGGAAAUUUAAUUUGUUCAUCAGAUGAAAUGAAAAAUUACCAGGUUAGUUUAAAAAAAAAAGAUUAUUGUCAAGAAUUUAUUAAAUAUUUUAAUAAUGAAGGUAAAAGUUACAAUAAUAAUAAUAAUAAUAAUAAUAAUAAUAAUGGUAAUAAUAAUAAUAAUAAUGUAAUGUGUACGAAUUUCUAUUCAAAAUUAUGGGAUCCAAUUAAGAAUGAAAUAGAAUUUUCAAUGAAUGUUGAUCCGUCUAUUUCAAUUACAAAUAAUUCAAUGAAUUCAAUUGAAAAUAAUCAUACUACUGAAAGUAAUGAUUAUGAAUUUUCUACUGUACAAUGUAAAAAUUUAUCCUAUGAAUUUACAAGCUCAAAUAUUCCUAAUUUAUGUAAUGUGACGGAAAAACUUUGGUCAUUGUCAUCAUCAUCGUCAUCAUCAUCAUCAACAACAUCAACAUCAUCAACAUCAACAUCAUCAUCGAUAUCAGAACCAUCAGCUGUAGAAUCGUCGUCAUUAUCAUCAUCAUCAUCAUCAUUAAUACUAUCAGAUAGAUUAGAAGAUAAACGAACAGUAUUCUCACAAUCACUUGAAUUAAUUAAUUUACAUUGUACUUCAUGUCAUGAAUGUAUACAUGAUAAAUUAUUCUUAUGUAUGGAUAAUAAAUAUUGGCAUUUGAAUUGUUUAAGAUGUUAUAAAUGUGGUAUUACAUUACAAUGGGAGAAAACAUGUUUUGUUAAAAAUGAUAUGGUUUUCUGUCGUGAACAUUAUAAAAGACUUUCUUCUUGUUCCCGAUGUGGUAUUAAAUUAAAUAAAAAUGAUUUAAUAUUUCAAGUUAAUUAUGAUACUUUAUAUCAUGAAUCAUGUUUCACUUGUUAUAGUUGUGGUCGAUUAUUAAAAUAUGGUGAUACUUAUAUAUUAGAAAAUCAAACUAUUCAAUGUUCAUUACAUAAUCAUACUACUACUAAUAAUAGUAAUCAAUCAUUUACUAUGAAUAAAACAUUAAUAUCAACCGAUCCAAUAACUGAAGCUAAUCAAUCUUAUAAUAUUCAAUCAACUAUAUCCACAUCUCAUAAUUCAUUAAAUAUAAAUAAUAAAUUUCCUAAUUUAAUUAAUUUUUUACAAUCAAAUAAUUCAAUUAAUUUAUUUGGAGAAGAUAAUUUUCAUAAAAAUGUUGAAAUAAUAAAAAAAAAUUAUUUUCCAAAUUUAACAAAAUCCUCUUAUCAACAGCAAAACGAUUUAUCGAUUAUUUACGAUACUACUGUUAAUAAUAACAGUAGUUUAACUAGUAAUAAUGAAAAUAAUCCGCAAAAACUUUUUCCACUUAUUCAAUUAUGUAAUACAAAUGAAAAAAAUUCAAUAGAAAAUGUAAUUAUUGAUUAUUCAGCAGAACAAUUAACUCCUUUAAUAUUAUCCAGUUCAAAUCAUAUUGAUGAUUGUCAAAAUUACUUAAUGAAACCUCAUAAUGAAGAUAUCAAUGAAUGUCUUUCUGAUUGUUCACAAAUCCCUAUUAAAAAUUUUUCAUUUCAUGAUAAAGAUUUAAAUAAAUUAAAUAAUACACAAUUUUGUUUAAAUGAUUCAACUAUUAAUUAUAUUACUGAUGAUGUCAUUUCAAAUUCAAACUUAUCAACUAUAAAUUAUAAUGAAUUCAAUGAAUCAAAAGAUAUAACAGAAAUGGAUAAUACCAGAAUUAAUUUAUUACCAAGUAUAGAAACUGUUACACAAUCAUUUAAUACUAAAUCUAAUCAUAUAAUUGAUAAUAUCAAUAAUGAUAUGAAUACAAAUUGUAUAUUGAAUACAAUCACUACUAGAACACCAAUUAGUACAGUUUUAACUUCACCAUUAUAUUCAUUUUGUUCUCAAUCAUCAUCAUCAUCAUCAUCAUCGUCCUCCUCCUCAUCUUCUUCCUCAUCUUCUUCACCUUCAUUAUCAUCCAUAUGUAUUUCAUUAUCAACUUCACCACCAUUAUGUCCUGUUGGAAAUUUUACAAAUGUGAAUUCUACAUCAAAAAUUGGUAUAUCAACAAAUAAAGAUGUACAUAAUAAUAGUAUAAUCACAUUAAAAGAUACUAAUCAAAAUCAUCUUAUAAAUAAAAGUGAAUUAUCAAUGUUAACUGAUUUAUGUGAAAUUUCAACGAAUAAUUAUAAUGAAAAUAUGAAUUCAAUGAAUAAACAACAAUCUUUAUUCAAUGAAACUAUAACAAAUGAAAUAAUGAAUAAAACGACUGUGAAAUCUGUUAAUUUAUUCAAAAAUACAAAAUCAGAACCAAUAAAAUCGAUAAAAUCAAUAAAAUUUAUAAAAAAAUCAGAAAAUGAACGUUUAUUAUCUAAUGAAAAACUACAUAGACGAAUAGAUAAAAAUAAUGGAAAAAUUAAACGAAUACGUACAUCAUUUAAACAUCAACAAUUAAGAAUAAUGAAAUCUUAUUUUGAAUUUAGUCAUAAUCCAGAUUCUAAAGAUUUAAAACAAUUAUCACAAAAAACUGGUUUAUCUAAACGUGUUUUACAAGUAUGGUUUCAAAAUGCACGCGCUAAAUUUCGUCGAAAUAUAACCAAUCAAAUUUGUUCAGAUAAAUUAAAACAAAAAGAAAUCAAUUCAAUGAAUCAAUAUAAUACAACACAAAAUAUUAAUCAAUUAAAAGAGAUAAAUUGUCAAAAUUUAUAUCCAUGUAUCACUACCUAUGAUUAUAAUGAAGAAAAAAUCGAUAAUAUUUAUACAAAAUCAAUAAAUUCCGAUUUUAAUCUUUAUGUCCAUGUUCCAACAAAUUCAAAUAAUGGAUCAUUAAUUGAUAAUUUAAUACAACCAAAUGAUAUACAAUCUGAUUUAUUAUGUUCAACAAAUAAUUUAUCAUCAUAUUCUGAUAAUUUAUCUCAAUCAGUUCGAUAAUUAUAAAUGAAUAAUAAAUAUAAAUUGUAUAAUUUAAAUACAUUCCAUUUUAUGUUCUAUAACAGGUCAAUCAAUUGAUCCUAUUACAUAAUGAUACAUAGUUACAAACACCCACCCCCCAACCAUCUACCCAACCGGCCCACCCCCCCACACACACUCAUACAUAUCAUUCUCUUAU